CUCACCCUCCCGGAUGCAUUAGGGCAGCUGCAUAGAUGUGCUCUCCCAGGGGCCACAAGGAUUCUGGUGAUGGUGAUUUGGUGGGAACCGAGGGCGCAGACCCCAGGGGAAAAGGUAAGUGAGCUGAAAGGAUCAGGGCCACCAAAUCUUGCUAAGUCAUAGCCAUUCUCUGCCGUUUCCCUCUUCCUUUCCCCUCUUCCAAUCCCCCUUCUUCCAGAGUGGCUGACCCCAGAGAACAAGCUCUUAGAAAUCCCACUCAUUGGCACUUAGGAGCAGACCCUGGCACCAGCCCAGAAGUCAGGAAGGGACACAGAGGAGGCGAGGAGUCUCAGGGUCAAGGUCAGAUGUGGGUUGCAGGGUGGGGGCCAGGGAGCAGGAAUCAGAGUCAGGCAUCAGGUUAGGAACAGUAAUACUGGUGUUCCUUAAGCAUUUACUAUGAUCCAGGGCUCCUUCUGACUGUUUUAUGUACCUCCCCUCAUUCAGUCCUCACAAUGAGCCCAUGAGAGUAGGUGCUCCAAUCACCUCAUCUUUACAGAUGAGGAAAUCAAGGGUCAGAGAGGCAAGUAAUUUGCUCAGUGACAAAACCAGUGGGUAGCAGAGCUGGGGCCUGAAACCCAGGCCCAUUGGUGCUUGAGUGUUCUUACCUGCUGUGCCGUCCUGCCCUGAUGUCCCCACCCCCAGAGACCUCGCAAUAUGCCUAGACAUGAUCAAAGCAGGCAACAAAAAGCCAGAAUGUUCGGGUAGAGGAGGCAGAGCUAGGCUGGGUGGGGUCUGGCGAUCAGGGACACGUGCUUGCUCUGGGAGCUUGGUGGCCUACGGACUUCCUGAGGCUGACAAACUGGGGUGGGGACUCCCAAGCCCCAGGGAGCAGGGAUCUGUCCCCAACCCCCACCUGGGCCUCAUGCUGCCUGGGGAGGUGGCCUGGAUACCCAGCCACUGCCUCCCACCUGCUGCAUGGCAGGCCACUGGCUUCUAGGGGAGGAGCCUGAGACAGCAGGGGCCCAGCAGCCACCACUUGUCAUCUGUCACUGUCUACCCCUCAGGCUGGACUCCGUCUAACUGGUGGUGGCAAUGUUGGGUCUAUCUUACCAGCACCUGCCCCGGCCAAGGUCCAGGUCUUGGCUUUGCCCAAUCUUUCCAUCUGGCAUCCUCAGAGAGCAUAUUGGCUAGGACACUCAGCUCAAGGACCUAACAAAAGACUGUGUGGUCGAGAGAGGCUGUGUGGGGUCCAGACUUGGGGAGCCUCAGAGUCCUCAUAGUGGGGACUCCUGGGGUUGCUGCAAGGCUCAGAAGCAGCAGGUGAAGCCCCUGCCUGGGCAGAGCUAAUUCAGAGGCACUAUUCUCAUCCCAUCCCACCCUGAGCUCCUUGCUUCCUGCUCUGCUGUGCUCUGGGUCUUGAUUUAUGGGGUUUGAAGGCCCAGCAGGCUCGCUGGAGAAAGCCCAUGAUACUGUGGCAAAGGAAAUUUGCCCCUUCUUUCCUUUCCAGCCUAGUUCAGCCUCUUAUGGUGUCUGCUUUGGACAAUGACAACAGCAGCCAGUAGACUUUCUUGGCUUCUAGGCUUACUUUCUUAUACUUGUGCGCGUGUGCACAGGCACACGUGCGCACACACACACACCCACACACAUGCACGGCCAAGAAAUCAUGUUCAAGGUUGCUUACUGCAGCGCAGCUCAUAGUCUUAUGCCAGGGAACGCUUGAUGUCUGCUCAACAGUCACAAAGAGUGACCUGGAAUUAAGUGUCAGGUCACAGGGACAGCCACACUCUAUUGUGAAAUGAAGAGCGUGCAGAGAGAGGGAGAGGAUCAGUCCAUAACUGGUGUGGAUGUGCAUAUCCCCAGGGGUCCCAAGAAGGGGCUGCCAGUUGCCCAGCUCAUCCCAUAGGUCUGAUUCAUUCAGGGGCUCUGACUCCUGCUGUUCCCAAACCCCCAGCAUCCUCCACCUCCUCAGCUCUGGGGUUGUGUUCUGUCACUAGCACACAUGUCCCUGGGAACCUGGGGUCUGUCCUUCCUCCUCAGUUGGCCCCACCUGCCUGGUGGAGCAGGAACCUUGGGAGGCCACAGUCUGCAGACAGCAGCCCUGACCUCUCCCCACAGCUGGGGCUGGGCUCUCUCAGGGCCACACUGUGCGUCACAGCCUUGAGAGCAUGUGGACACUGUGCCCCAGAUUCUCCCUGUGGUCCUGCCCCCCAAACCUGUGCCCUUCUCUUGAGGCUGGCACAUCUGCCAUGGGCACCGACUGCAGUGCCACUCUACCUGACCCUGAGUGCCCACCGUCACCCACUGACACUGCCACCGCCAGGACCUCAAUCCUGAACCUCCCCAGGCGAGACUCAGACAAUGGGAUCCCUCAAGAGGACUGCGCCCUCCCCUGCAUACUGCAAGCUCAUUUAUAGCAUCCUGCAUGGUCUCGCAGCUGUGGUGUCAGAGGAGCCUCCUUGGAUGGAGAGCAUGAUGCCAAACACCUGCAGCAGGGAGAGGCCUUGUGGGGGAUGCUUCAGGCCGGUACCUUCCAGAGAGACCCCUGGAGCCUGUGAUGUAGCUCCCCAUGUCCAUCACAGACUUCAGUGACACUGCAGCUGACUCCUGUGCCCUGGCUCCUAACCGUUCUUGGGAGAGUCCUAGUGCCAAGCUCUGAGGUCAAAGUAGAUCCCCUGCUCUGCUCUGAUAGAGAGGUGUCGGUAUUGCAUCCCAGCAAUGAGGACACGGGCCUAAGUGACUACUCGUGGCAUCCUGCUAGGACAGAAGGAGGUUUGGCCUCUUCUGGAGUCAGUGGUCAGAUGGGAAGGAUCGUCUCCAUCCGCUCCACUCCACUGAUCAGCCAUGUGACCUCCCAAUAGUCCCUUCCUUCAGUCCAGUGGGCCUGGAACUCCUGCUACAGGGUUGCUUGGUGAGGCCAGAGUGUGUGGAGACGCGGCUCGCUGUUCCUUGGGAAAGGUGCCUGCACCCCAAGUAUCCUGAGGAGCUUCUGCUGCCCUGCCCAGGGCCCAGCCCCAAGCACUGAUGAGUCAGUGUGAUCUCAGGUCUGUCUUCCUUAAGAGCAGGGACUGUGUCUGGGUGUUGGCAUUGUGUCUCCAGGGCCCAGCCUGUUGCCUGGCACUAGAUGGAGAACGGGACGCUGAAAGAAUUAAACUUCUCCCAGCUCACGUGGCUAGAGAAAGGCCCAAGAAUGUCCUUGUCCCAGGCAGCAGGGAACCAGACCUCUUCAGGGGGUGCAGAUGACUACAGCAGCUGGUACAUUGAUGAGCCCCAGGGGAACAAGGAGCUCCAGCCAGAGGGGGAGGUGCCCUCCUGCCAGCCCAGUGUGCCGCCUGCCCUGUGCCAUGCCUGUCUGGCUGUGCUGUCGAUGCUUGUCCUGUUGCUGCUGGCCUGGCUGGUGUUGCACCGCCGUCUCAGGCCAGGCUGUCGGCGAGGAAGGCCUAGUCUGCCCAGCCCUGUGGAUUUCCUGGCUGGGCACAGACCCUCGCCCGUGCCUGCUGCUGUCUUCAUGGUCCUCUUCAGUGCCUUGUGCCUUCUGCUCCCCAGUGAGGACCCACUGCCCUUCCUGGCCCUGGCCUCCACGCCUGGCCCAGGGCCCUGGAAGAUGCUGGCCCUGCUCUACUACCCUGCUCUGUACUACCCUUUGGCCGCCUGUGCCACAGCCAGGCAUGGAGUCGCACACCUGCUUGGGAGUGUGCUGUCCUGGGCCCACUUGGGCGUCCACAUCUGGCAGAGGGCUGAGUGUCCCCAGGCACCCAAGAUCUACAAGUACUACUCUCUCCUGGCCUCCCUGCCUCUCCUGCUGGGCCUUGGCUUCCUGAGCCUCUGGUACCCAGUGCAGCUAGUGCGGAGCUUCAGCUGCGGAACAGGGACAGACUCUGAGGGGCUGUGGAGCCGUGACUCCAAGGAAUACCUGAGGAGCCUCCUGUGCCGGAAGCAGCCAGGAGGCCGCUCCUACCACACUAAGCAAGACUUCCUGUCCCGGGCCUGGGACUACUCUCGAAGAUACAUCUAUAUCCCGCAGCCAGGAUUUCGCCUGCCCUUGAAGCUGGUGAUCUCAGCCACCCUGACGGGGACCGCCACUUAUCAGGUGGCUCUGCUGCUGCUGGCAAGCGUGGUGCCCACCCUGCAGAAGGUGCGGGCAGGCCUCACCACAGACGUAUCCUACCUGCUGGCUGGCUUUGGGCUGGUGCUGUCCAAGGACCGGCAGGAGGUGGUAGAGCUGGUGAGGCACCAUCUAUGGGCACUGGAAGUGUGUUACGCCUCCGCCCUGGCCCUGUCCUGCUUGCUCACCAUCCUGUUCCUGGUCCGCUCGCUGGCCACGCACAGGGCCAAUCUUCAAGCUCUGCACCGUGGGGCCACCCUGGACCUGGGUCCCCCAGUACGGAGCACUCGCCCGUCCCGAAGAGUCAUAUUCUGCUGGAUGAGCUUCUGUGCCUACCAGGCCGCCUUCACCUGCCUUGGGCUCCUGGUACAGCAGCUUGUCUUCUUCUUGGGGACCACAGUCCUUACCUUCCUGGUGUUCAUGCCUGUGCUGCACAGCAGGAACCUCCUGCUCCUUCGGUUCCUGGAGUCCUCCUGGCCCUUCUGGCUGACCUUGGUCCUGGCUGGGACCCUGCAGAACGCAGCAGCCCGUUGGGUUUUCCUGGACAGUCAGAAUGGACGCCCUGAGGUGACCAACAGGCGAGUGCUCUAUGCGGUCACCUUUCUUCUCUUCCCCAUCAACGUGCUGGUGGGUGCCAUGGUGGCCACCUGGAGAGUGCUGCUCUCUGCCAUCUACAACAUUGUCCACCUCGGCCAGAUGGACCUCAGCUUGCUGCCCCCAAGAGCUGCCAGUCUGGACCCUGGCUACCGCACAUACCGAAACUUCCUGAAGCUGGAGGCCAGUGAGUCGCAUCCAGCCAUGACAGCCUUCUGUGCCCUGCUCCUGGAAGUGCAGAGACCCCGGGCCCGGGCCCAGUCCCCAGCAGCUGCCCAGAACUGCCUCAGACUGGGGCAGGAAGAAGAAGGGAUGCAGUUGCUACAGACAAAGGACCCUGUGGCCAAGGCAGCAGGGCUCCGUGCAGGCCGCAGCUGGGCCCGCUGGGGUGUGGCCUACACACUGCUGCAUAACCCUCCCCUGAAGGCCGCUCGGAAGGCAGCCCUGGCUGGGGCCCGGGCCAAUGGCACCCAGGCCUGAGGCCCACCUGACCCUGCACCUCCCCAGCUCUCCUGCUCCACCCCAGGUGGGCAGCCCCUCUGUUUGAGCAACUGGGCCAGCAUAUCCUGGCCUGGGGAUCAUGGGUCUUGAGACCAGCUAGGGACUGGGUUGGCUAAGGUCAGAUGGCCUAGGAGCACCAACCUGGGCUUGGAGGCAGUGUCUGGUGCUCAGUUUUGGUCCAGGACCCAGUGGAGCAAGGGGGCCACAUGCCUGUCUCCCCUGCCUGGCUGGGCCACCAGCCUUGCAGGAACCCCUGAGGCCCCCUGACAGGGCCAGUGAUCAGGGUCAGGACAGCUCAGGCCCUAAACCUCCAGCCUGACUCAGCCUGGGCCUCCCCCUUCUGCUUCCCCACCCCAGCCUAGCCCUCCCCUCUUGUCCUGGGUGGCUGGUAGCUCUUCUCCUUGGGUCCCCAAGGCAGCCCAGAAGGAAGACCCGGGCUCCAGCUCCAGCAGCAAAUCACAACUUGAACCAGGCUCGGAGCUGACUGGCCCCUCCCGAGAGCCAGGCAUUUGUAGUUUCUUUGCCUUAUGGGUGAUGAAAGGGCCGAGUGUGCUCCUGGUAAUAAAUCUGUCCCCCAGAAACUGUGCUGCUUAUGGGGAGGCAUG